AUGUCCACCGAAGUGAUUCGCGAAACCAAGGUUCUCUUGACCCCGAACAACUACGCCCUCUGGCUAUUGCCAAUGGAGGCAAAACUCUUUAGAUCAAAACUUCUCGAUAUUCUCGAAGGUCAAGAAGAACCCGAUGAAAAAGAAAAAGAAAGUUGGAUUAAACGAAACAACGACGCCUAUGCCGAAAUCAUAACUUACAUCAGUCAGGAAGUACUCGGGUUUGUUAGCUCCGCUUUGCCUGCAACCCCUCGAUUCAACGGUCGCGGUCUCUGGAAGCUCUUGAAGUCGCAAUACGCUGGCGAUGACCUCACCUCGCAAACCACAGCGCUUGAUCAAUUUCUUCAUCUCACAAAUCAAAAGAUAUCGAUGUCGGGCCUUAUCCUAGACGAUCGCGUUAGGACGAUCCUUAUGCUCAAGAAACUGCCUUCAGACUAUCGCUCUUUUCGCGAUAUCGUUUCAAUGAAUUAUGGUUCCGAGUCGUUUGAAUCGGUCAUUAAAAAGCUCGAAAGCUAUGUUGCCCAAAACGAUCUCGAUAAGAAAACAUCAACGAUCUCUUCAACUCCGUUACAAUCACUUCUCACUCGAUCGAAUGAUCAAGCCUCAUCAAGUCCAACGCUCUGCGAUCAUUGUAAGAAGCCAGGUCAUCAAGUCAACAACUGUUGGGUCAAAUAUCCUGAAAAAGCCCCCAAAUCACAUUCAGCUCACAUGACUGUCCAAGAGAAUUUCAAUCAACUCAACGAUCCGACCGACUUCUCUCUCUUCCGAACAGCCGACGGUGUCCUUCACCACAUCGAUGAAGUCAAGUAUGAAGGAGUCAAAUACUUCUAA